GAUACUUCGGUGCCAGGAGUGGCCAUACUAUAAGCUCAUACGCUGAUCUUUUAACAAAUCACACCCAUGAUGCACGCUAGAAAUGAGAUUCUUAGGUUUUGCACCACCCUCAGCAGAGUAUAAAGAAAUUGUGCUCAGUCCAUCAUGUUGGAUGAUAAUGGGGACUUUCCUCAUUUGUUUAGGCGAAGUAAAAAACUUCAUUGUUCAGUGGUCCAGUUGCUGUUUUCGGAAAGUAUUGAAGAUUAUCAGUAGAUAUUCAAAAUCCAAAAGGAAUUUUCUUAUUGCUAGUACAUGUUUCAUGUACGUGUUUUUUCUUGUUUCUCGAGUAGGACGAAACUUGCCUGAGCUAUCUGAUAAGCAGCACAGAAGAAGCAGAGGAAACUAUAUACAAAAAUCCGGUAUGUCCCGGGCCGCCUCCACCCGUGUGCGCAUUGAAGACAUAUCAGAAGAUAAUACAGCUUCUCGGAAACCUAAUGUGGUUUACAUAACACUUAAAUCGAAGCGUGGAAAACCAGCAGUUAUUAGAAGUACUAUAAGACCAAAAACCAGGAGAAAGUACUCAAUUACAAAUAGCCAUGCACUCAUUGAUGGAUUAAAUUAUAUUAGAAGUAUUAUCCAAAGUGAAGGAACUCGCCUGUCAAAUAACACGAGAACUGGACAUGAAAAACAAAGACAAUCUUAUCCCCACGUAUUCAAGGAUACAAUUCCACAUGAAGGCCAAAGACAACCGAUAGAUGCUCGUUAUGGUUCUUUAAGGAUAUACAGCGAAAGUGCCCCACCAUGGUUUAGUAAAGAAGACAUUGACGCUCUCCGCUUCUUAGCAGAUAGCUAUGUAUCGAAAAUUAAAGACAUAUCGUCAGGCAGCCAACAGCGCUUACUGUUGUUUGAAACGUCGACAGAUACUCCCGGUAAAUUCUCAGGUGAAGAUAAGAAUAAUACUUCAAAAUGCCAAGGACGCUGCGGCUUGAUCAAGAGACCAGUGGACAUGAGUGAAGUGUUUGCUUUUCAUUUGGAUAGGAUUCUGGGGUUCAAUAGAAGUUUGCCGGCUGUAUGCAGGAGGUUUAGGUUGUUUCAAGACAGUCAACCCUACCCAGUGGUACUGUGGGACUCCACACUCUCUCCUGCAGACAAUGAGAUUCAGUCCACAGUGAGACUAACCUGGGGAUCUUACCAACACUCACUUAAACAGAAAUGUUGGCAACGUGGGAUCGUACCCAAGGCAGAGUGGAGGUGCUCCAGUAUCCAUCAUUAUGAAUGGAGCAAGCUGGCUCUCUUUGAUUUCUUGCUGCAGGUAUACAAUCGACUUGACAGGAAUUGUUGUGGAUUCAAACCCCGCAAGGAAGAUACUUGUUUUCAAAAUGGACUGUACCUGGAGUGUGCUGAUCAAGAUAACAACGAUCUGAUGCAUAUCAUUCACAGAAGAAAUGACCCAAGGCAUUUGGUUUUUGUUGAUAACAAAGGAUAUUUUGACAGAGAUGAAGGCAAUCUGAAUUUUAAACUCCUAGAAGGAAUAAAGGAGCUUCCUGAAUCUGCAAUCACUGUCCUAAAAAGCCAGCGCCUGAGGGAGAAACUCCUGCAGUCCUUGUUCCUUGACAAAGUUUACUGGGAGAGUCAUGGAGGACGCCGAGGGAUUGAAAAGCUGAUUGACGUGAUUGAGAGAAGGGUCAAGAUCCUGCUAACAUAUGCCAAUGCACAUGGAAUCAAAGUCACACCUAUGAAUGAGUGAGAACAUCUGAAGUGGACACAUGGAAUGAAUUGCUGUCCAUAAUUAUUCUGACAAUUAUUAAGUUUGUACAGAGUAUUGCAUUUGGGUGUCGACAUCUACACGGUAUGUAAACAAUGUAAAUUACAAGGCCAAUUAACAUUAAAUGUAUCCAAAGUGAAUGCAUUCCAUGCUGUAAAAUAUGAGCAUUUUUCAAAAGAGAAAAGAAAAGUUAUGUGCCAGAAUAAUCCAAUGUGAAUGUAGCUUUCAUUCACAAAAUAUUAUUCCCUGCAUUUGGUAGCAUACAGUAUGUUUGUGGUUUAGAAUGACUCAUUCCUUUCAUUUCAAGAGAAUCUUCCACUUAGUCUUGCAACUAUUGAUUAAGAUUUUUAAAUGUUAUAUUUAUUAUAAUACUACUGCCUUUUGUACUGUGACUAAAACUUAAUAUUUUUCAUUGAUGUUGCCUUUUUUAUUUGUCAUUUUGCAGAGGAAAAGUUUGGAAAACAGAACUAUGUUUAGAGUAUGAAAAAUUAGAUCCAAACAUAGCUCUUGAAAUAUGCAUAGAAUGUUAUUUUCUUUAGAAAUGAAUCCAACUAAGCAAAGUUUACUUGGAGAGAAUACUGUCUCCUAAAAUAAGAUUUUUCUGUAUUAUCUAAUAUAUGUUUUCUAAGUUUCCAAUAAGAUUUUUUUAUGAUCACAAUUUGUUGUUUUGUUUAAUAAAAUGCAUGUUUUAUGAAAUGGUAAUUUAGAAAAUAUUCCACUUGAUUAAGUAUUUUGGCAACAAAAGUAUUUUAUUAAACAACUUGUGUAACUAUUUGUAAUAUGCAAACUUACAAGCUUAGAAAAUAAGUCUGUUGGUUGCUGAUUUUUUAGUCUACCAUGUGUCAUUAGAGUGAGCAAGACCAUUUGUUGUUUUAACCCCUUUAGAUGUGUAUUUACAUAGAGUUGUCUAUUGAUCUUCCCUGCAUGUUUUUUUAGGAAGGCCUCUUUUCAGAAAAGCUGUGCUGAGACCAUAUUUUUCUCAUAGUCACACAUUUUUGGGGUCAUUUCAGUAGACACAGGGAUCUGCCAGGGCUGUAUUAUUGACUUUAUUUAAGUAGAAACCUGCCAAGAGCUUACUGUAUACAGUAUAUCUAACUUAUUUUUUAUGCAAAUUAAUUUAUAAGCACCAAAAACAUGUAUUUUUAACACGUGAAUCAGCUUUGAUUUAAACACAGCAUCUAUUACACCUGUUGCAUUCAUUAACCUAUUGCAAUUAUUAUGAAUCAAUGCACUCUUUAAUCAUAAACUCUUUAAGCACAAGAGAAUUAACAAAAAGACUACUUUACUAGAAUUAUCUUUUCAAUUUAAAUAUAUUCUUUACUCUUUAAAGUGACUUAGAUUAUUCAAAAUGUCUUCUCAAGUCAGAAGCACUGUGCAGCUAAUGAACUAGUGCAACCAGUCAAGAUACUGUUUUUAUUAGAACUGAUGUUUAUAGAUGUUAAGGCUGUGGAAAACAGGGUCAGGCAAGGGGACCAGACACAACAAAGGUGUGAAGGGACAAACUUUUUUUCAUUAUGUCUAAUGUCGCGCUGUUUAUGUCUUGAUAUACAGUAUACUGCCUAAUAAACUUUUUAUAGCAUCUGCAAAUAAAAUUUAAUAAUUU